AUGGACAACUAUCAGAGGAUCGAAAAGGUCGGCGAAGGCACGUACGGCGUCGUAUACAAGGCCAAGGACCUCACGCCAGGCGCCAACGGCCGCAUCGUCGCGCUCAAAAAGAUCCGUCUCGAGGCAGAAGAUGAGGGCGUCCCCUCCACAGCCAUUCGCGAGAUCUCGUUACUCAAGGAGCUCCGCGACGACAACAUCGUAAGACUGUUCGACAUUGUGCAUCAGGAAAGCAAGCUCUACCUCGUGUUUGAAUUCCUCGACCUCGACCUGCGCAAAUACAUGGACAACGUCUCGCGGAACCGCAACAGCGAAGGCAUGGGCCCCGAGAUCGUGCGGAAGUUCACCUACCAGCUCAUCCGCGGUCUCUACUACUGCCACGCCCACCGCAUCCUCCACCGCGACCUCAAGCCCCAGAACCUGCUCAUCGACAAGGAGGGCAACCUCAAGCUCGCCGACUUUGGCCUCGCACGCGCGUUUGGCAUCCCGCUGCGCACCUACACACACGAGGUGGUCACGCUAUGGUACCGCGCGCCCGAGGUGCUGCUCGGCUCGCGCCACUACUCGACCGCCAUCGACAUGUGGUCCGUCGGCUGCAUCUUUGCCGAGAUGGCCAUGCGCCACCCGCUCUUCCCCGGCGACUCGGAGAUCGACGAGAUCUUCAAGAUCUUCCGCACGCUCGGCACCCCCACCGACGACAUCUGGCCGGGAGUCCAGCAGCUCCCGGACUACAAGGACAGCUUCCCAAAAUGGGCCGGCAAACCCCUCCGCCAGGCCGUGGCAGGCCUCGACGAGACCGGACUCGACCUGCUCGAAGGCAUGCUCGUCUACGACCCUGCCGGACGCACCUCGGCCAAACGCAGCCUCGUCCACCCGUACUUUAGGCAGCUCCUCACAUAG